GUCAAAAUGUCAGACAAAAGUGAUUUAAAAGCAGAACUUGAGCGCAAAAAACAACGUUUGGCUCAGAUAAGAGAAGAAAAGAAACGGAAGGAGGAAGAAAGGAAGAAAAAAGAGGCUGAUCUACAACAGAAGAAGGAGCCAGCUCAGGAAGAUUCUGACCUAGACCGUAAAAGAAGAGAGACAGAAGCUUUGUUACAGAGCAUUGGUAUAUCCCCAGAACCACCUCUAGUCCCAACCCCUAUGUCUCCCUCUUCGAAAUCAGUGAGCACACCCAGUGACGCAGGCAGCCAGGACUCAGGGGAUCUGGGACCCAUAGGAAGGACCUUGCAAUGGGACACAGACCCCUCAGUGCUGCAACUCCAGUCUGACUCUGAACUUGGACGCAGACUGCACAAACUAGGGGUGUCAAAGAUUACCCAGGUUGAUUUCUUACCUCGGGAGGUGGUUUCGUACUCCAAGGAGACACAGACACCUCUGGCCACACAUCAAUCUGAAGAGGAUGAAGAUGACGAAGAGAUGGUGGAACCAAAAACACAGGAUGACUUGGAGACAGAAAAUCAAGACCAGAAGCAGGAGGUGAAAGAAGCUCCUCCUAGAGAACUGACAGAAGAAGAAAAGCAACAAGUUCUCCAUUCAGAAGAAUUCCUGAUAUUUUUUGACCGCACAAUACGUGUAAUUGAGCGAGCUUUGGCUGAAGAUUCUGACAUCUUCUUUGACUAUAGUGGCAGAGACGUAGAAGAAAAAGAUGGAGAUGUUCAAGCAGGAGCCAACCUUUCCUUUAAUCGGCAAUUUUAUGAUGAGCACUGGUCAAAGCAUCGUGUGGUCACCUGCAUGGAUUGGUCUCUUCAGUACCCUGAAUUGAUGGUUGCAUCUUAUAACAAUAAUGAAGAUGCUCCACAUGAGCCUGAUGGGGUAGCCUUGGUGUGGAACAUGAAGUUCAAGAAAACCACGCCAGAAUAUGUGUUCCAUUGUCAGUCCUCCGUGAUGUCAGUCUGUUUUGCCCGCUUUCACCCAAACCUGGUCGUCGGUGGAACGUACUCUGGCCAAAUUGUCUUGUGGGAUAAUCGCAGUCACAGGCGCACUCCAGUUCAGAGAACUCCCUUAUCUGCUGCUGCUCACACGCAUCCUGUGUAUUGUGUGAAUGUAGUUGGAACACAGAAUGCACACAAUCUUAUUACUGUCUCUACGGAUGGCAAAAUGUGCUCCUGGAGCCUGGACAUGCUCUCAACUCCACAGGAGAGCAUGGAGCUGGUAUACAAUAAGUCCAAGCCAGUGGCGGUCACAGGAAUGGCUUUCCCAACCGGAGAUGUCAAUAACUUCGUUGUGGGCAGUGAAGAGGGGACAGUCUACACAGCCUGUCGUCAUGGAAGUAAAGCUGGCAUUGGUGAAAUUUUUGAAGGCCACCAAGGACCUGUCACAGGAAUCAAUUGUCACAUGGCAGUGGGUCCAAUAGACUUUUCCCAUCUCUUUGUCACAUCAUCAUUUGACUGGACAGUGAAAUUGUGGACCACAAAGCAAUGCCAGGGGACUUUGAGUCAUGUGGAACAUUCAAAACUGACCCCUGGGUUUGUAGGCAGUGCGAUUUUAUUGUCCUUCCUGUUCCUAUUGUUUCAACAGGUUCCCACAGCCAGUGUCACCAUAGAAGGAGCGUCUGCCCUCAACCGUGUCCGCUGGGCCCAGGCUGGGAAGGAGGUAGCAGUUGGUGAUUCAGAAGGCCGCAUAUGGGUCUAUGAUGUCGGAGAGCUGGCUGUGCCACACAAUGACGAGUGGACACGUUUCGCCCGGACCCUGGUGGAGAUCCGCGCCAACCGAGCCGACAGUGAAGAAGAGGGGGCGGUGGAGCUUUCAGCAUAGAGGGAGAGGAGCAGCGCCCGCCACAACAGCAGCUUCCCCCACCGAGUGCGCCAGUGUUCAGUGUCAGAGUCAGUCUUGCUGUGGCUUUUGAUGCCAGUGUACAUGCCAGUAUUGCUCAAAGCAUUCCAUAUUAAUCACACUGCUUUAUACAAGGCUGAAAAUAUCCAGAGCAUUUUCAUACUUUAUAUUCCUGUCUGAAAAGUAAGAAAGAAAAGACAAAUCAACCCUUUAUGGGUUUAGUUGUUGCCUUUUAACUACUUAGUAGCUGUAUUUAAUAGCUAGGAACCCCUGGUUAAACUUGUGCUCACAUUGCCCUUCUGGCAUAGUCCUAUUAAAUCCAUAUGAAGCCAGAUAUGAUUAUGUGCAGAUGUGGUGUGCUUCACUGUAUGGGACUGGGCCAAAGACUUUAGAUGUGGUGUAUCACAUGGUGACUUACAUUAUGAAUGGAUGUACUAUACGAAAGUUGCUGCUCCUUAUUUAUUGCGGUGUGCUGCAUGGAACAUAUUUAUUUGAAAGCAUUAAAAUAAACGAUCCUAAAGCAUGUGCAUAAUGAGAGAACUGCAUUGUCUGUGUGCUGCUGUAGAGGUUACAUUGAAGUCCACGUAACAAUUACAGUACAUCAGUUGUGCUUAAGAUGUAAGAUCUAUAAAGGUUGGCUUGAGUGGACGGAAUGAGUUCCCUUUCCUUUUUUUUAAGAUGCCUAUUAUUUCUAGGCACUUUAACUAUAUUUCAGUUGGUCACUGAUACUUGUCACGCAAGUUAACACUAACAGUCUGACAAAGGGUUGUGGUUCCCAAGUAUGACACCAGUAUUGCCAAUAAAAUGUAUCAGGCCUGUUCU